AUGUCGCUGGCGACAGCGACGACCUCGACUCCCUCUUCGCUCCCCGCCCGGCAUGGCGAGGCCCGACCGCCCUGGUUCUUCUCCGGUUCAGAACCCGAAGUCCCCUCUCGCUCGCGACACCACCACGUCCCCCGGGGCCCCCCCGUUGACGAACGCGAUCUGUGUCCCGUAUGCAACCGGGCGCUGCCGCCACGCAGCCAGGACGGCAGCGAGGAGGCGCGCGAGGCACAUAUCCGCGAGUGCAUUGUCAGCCAUGGCUCGCGCGUGCGCUCGCCCUCGUCCCGGAGUGACAGCAGUGGUGGCGGUCUUCUCCCGGUCUCCUCACGGCCACCCUCGCCCCUCCGCAUGGUGACCUUUACCGCAACGGAGAAGGACUGUCUAGGCCAGGAGGGCAGCGCGGCCGAGUGCACGAUCUGCAUGGAGGAGUACGAGGUCGGACAGCCGCUGGUGCGGCUCGAGUGUUUGUGCAAGUUCCACAGGCGGUGCAUCGUCGAGUGGUUCGAGCGCAAGGAGGAGUGCCCGGUGCACAAGGUGUCCUAUUGA